AUGCUGAUAUACGGAUUUUUAUUCAAUUCGUUGAGUCCCUGGGAUAUUGUUACGAUUCGUAGGAUCCACCAUGAAAACGGACAUAUAUCAACGUCCUUCAAUUUCAUCGACGCAUUCGUCGUUGCUCUCUCGCUCUUCUUCAUCUGUCUCCAUGGUUACCGAAUGUCAUUCCGCAUCGCGUUUCGAGAUAACAGAUUUCACAUCACUCUUCUUUUCGUCAUGAUCAAACUGUGUUUCCUUCUCACCAGUGCCUGCUUCCUUCCAGCCAUCCCAGAACAUAGCCUCACUCUGGAAUCCAUCGAUCCCUCAUCAUCACCAACUGGACAUAUCUUCUCUUUGGACAAUCUGAAACUCUACGAAUCAGUGAUUCAAAGUGCCGUUCCACUUCAUUAUCUUGCCUGGAAGCAUGUCUUUUUCAAGAAUAUUUGA